GCACGUCAUGAUGGGUUGUUUCUUCCUCGGAGCCGGCGCAGCGCAGACGUCAGUCACGUGGCGGAGUCACGUGCUCAGCAGCAAGCCGCUGCGGUGUGUUUACAUUGUGUCCUCAUCCACACUCCGCGACCGACGAGCAUCCCUCUGAUGCGCGGUGGACUUAAGUUUGAUGAAUUCGUGCAGAUGAUGACGUCAUCCUCCAUCUUGCCCGCGUGAACGUCGCCAUGGCGUCUCCCGGUCCCACCUGCACCCACGAUGGAGCCACAGAGAAGGACCGGCUCCUCUCCUCCGUCACUAACUAUGGGAGCCCUCGUCCCACGUCUCUGGUGGGCUCCGAGACCCCUCAUCAGAAGCAGCAGGAGGAGGAAGAGGAGGAGGAGGCCCUAAGGAGGAAGCUCAAGUACUUCUUAAUGAGCCCUUGCGACAAGUAUCACGCCAAAGGACGCAAGCCCUACAAGCUCGGCCUGCAGCUGCUGAAGAUCCUCAUUGUGACGGUGCAGUUGGUGCUGUUCGGGCUGAGCAACCAGAUGGCGGUGACCUUCAGAGAGGAGAACACGGCCGCCUUCAAGCACCUGUUCCUGGAGGGCUACAAGGACGGCGCUGCGCAGGCCGUCCACACGCAGCAGGAGCUGUACGGACGCAUCCACUUCGCCGUGGAGCGGUACUCGGCGCUCCCUCAGAUCUCUCUGGGCCGCUACGCGUACGUUUUGGGCGUCGGCGUGAAGGGGAGCGCGCUCUCCCUCUGCCAGCGCUACUACAGGAGGGGCGUCAUCGACCCCGUCAACGACACCUUUGACAUCGACCCCCGCGUCGACACCGAAUGCAUUGGAGUGAAUCCACCGACUUACAGUUUGGCUUCAGGAAACGGAGACUACAAGAAUUUCACUCUCAAGUUUUAUAAGCUGAUCAACGUCACGAUCGACUUCCAGCUGAAGGCCAUCAACAUUCAGACGAUCAUAAACAACGAAAUCCCCGACUGCUACACCUUUGCCAUCACGAUCGUCAUGGACAACAUGGCGCAUAGCGGCAAAGUUAAGAUCAGCCUGCAGAACGAGGCGUCCAUAAAGGAGUGCAGAGACCCCAACGUGUCCGGACACGCUGAAAGCUACGCCCGGGAGUUCCUGGACGUGCUGGUGGCGUUCGUGUGCCUGCUGUCCCUGGUGCUGUGCGGCCGCUCCAUCCUCAGAGGCGUCGUCCUGCAACACGAGUACGUGCGUUUCUUUAAGCGCCGCCUCGGCCGCGGCGUGCGCUGGGGCGACCGAAUGGAGUUCAUCAACGGCUGGUACAUCCUGCUCAUCGUCAGCGACAUGUUCACCAUCGUCGGCAGCUUCAUCAAAAUUGGGAUCGAGUCCAAGACUCUGUCGUCAUACGACAUGUGCGGCAUCCUGCUGGGCACCUCCACCCUGCUGGUGUGGGUGGGAGUCAUCCGCUACCUCAGCUUCUUUCAGAAAUACAAUAUCUUGAUCGUGACUCUGUCGGCUGCGUUUCCCAACGUGAUUCGCUUCUCCUGCUGUGCGGCGGUCAUUUACAUGGGAUACUGCUUCUGUGGCUGGAUUGUGCUGGGGCCCUAUCACACCAAGUUCCGCUCGCUGUCCACGGUGUCGGAGUGCCUGUUCUCUCUGAUCAACGGGGACGACAUGUUCGUGACGUUCCACGAGAUGGAGAGGAGCGGCACGCUGGUGUGGGUCUUCAGCCAGGUGUACCUCUACACCUUCAUCUCCCUCUUCAUCUACAUGGUGCUGUCCCUCUUCAUCGCGCUCAUCACCGGAGCCUACGACACCAUCAUGGCUCAGACGCAGGAGCAGGUGAGGGUCAGCGACCUGCACGCGUUCAUCGCCGAGUGCGCCGACACGCCCAGUUCUGGCAAGUUCCGUGGGCCUGAGGGGUCGUCGUGCUCCUUCCUCUGCUGCUGUGACUGAGGAGGAGGAGGAGUGAAGGGGGGAGGAGGAAGAGG